AAAAAGACGUCAAUCUCAGCAUGGCAGACCUCAACAUCAACAAAGAACAUGAUACCACAGAUACCUCAAAUGGAGCAGAGGACUUGGCCACAGUCGUCGAUGACCUUUUGAACCAACUAUCCACAAAGUUCACAACCAUCUCGAGUGAUCUGCUUACANAAGAAGCUGAUGCAUUUUCCAAAACACUAGUGGAUGAGAUGUCCAGACGGCUUGACAACCUCGAGGCUUCUAUCCAAGCAUCCGCGAGACCCCAGAACGAAGAGUCAAAG